UGAAAGUUCAGUCGCUCAGGUAGUCACGUCGUGGAUAGUCGCGUGUUUCGCUCACGGCCGCGGAUGGAAUGCGUGUUUAAAUGAACCGGCUCGUCAGCGCACGUACCGAAGAUUAGCCCGUUCCGCUUCGUAGUUGCAACGACGAAGCACGUACGUUUCUUCCUCCAAACAUAAUUCUCCGUGUAAAUCUGUCGAUCCGUGAUCCUUUUAAGAAUUCUUUCGAAUUCCACACUCGCGAGUUAAAGUGCGUAGUGUUCGCUGACAGUUUGAUCGCACGUUCAACGCGUUCUAAACGAUCGAUACGCGACAGGAAAAACGGAAGAGGCAAAAUAAUCGCGAAAAACAAAUACGAUCUCAUCCGGUAGCAACGUAGCUGCCGAGGAAUUCGAUACGGUGACAUGUAAUCGUGAAACGUUUUGUGGACAUUUUCGCUACGAUUCGUCAACGAUUUCAUGCUCCUCGACGGAGAUAUCCGUGUUUCUUGCGGCCGAUCGACCGACUAACAAGCUUUGCACGCGUGUUUCUUCGAAGUGUAUAGCCUUAAGCGGAAAUUGUGACCACGAAUUGACUCGCGGGUGAAAGGAAGGCCGAUCGAAACCACUUCCUUAAAAAUAUUGGAUCUCCGUGAAAAUAAGUUCUUUCGCGGCUUUUGCUUUUGUCGUUAACGACAGACUCUGCUUACACAGCGUUCGGAUAUUGCUGAGUUUCGAUAUUCACGCGCGUCUUGUGGCUUCCGGCAUCGUCGCAUUAAAUAGAUCAACGCUUGAAUGGAAGUAGCAACAAGCAGAUAGGGACACGUACGAAAAAUGGAGAGUCCUUUGUGUGAUUUCAACGAAUUCACUUGAAGCGCGAACACACUGAAAUUUUCUUUGUCUUUGGAAUCGUGUCAAGCUCGUCGAUCGAAUUUUUACGAAAAUGGAAAACAUGGAGGAGCGGUUCCCGUUGUUGGAGAGGAAACUAAGUACCUCGACGAAAAUCGCUUAUGCUUUGGGACACAUUUUCAACGACCUUACUGCCGCCAUGUGGUUCUCCUACACCCUUAUCUAUUUUCAAAGGGUGGCCCUGCUGGAACCGAUAGUUGCUGGUGCUCUCUUACUUCUAGGCCAAAUCGUGGAUGCCUUCAUGACUCCGAUCUUCGGAAUACUCGUCGAUCAGUACCUAAAGAAGAAGAUUUGGCACAUAGUCGGCUCGGUGAUGGUCACGCUGACGUUUCCAGUGAUCUUUGGUGGCUUUAGUAAACCGUCAAACACAAAUAUCAUGCUCGUCUACGUGUUGAGCAUCGCUAUAUUUCAAACUGGCUGGGCGGCCGUACAGAUAUCGCACUUGUCCAUGAUCCCAACGUUAACGAAUUCAUUGCUGGCACGAGCAGAUUUAACCGCAAUAAGGUAUUCCGCUCAAGUUGGAGCAGCCGUUGCGGUGUUCGUCGUUACGUGGAUUGUUCUACCCACGAACGAAGAAGCGAUGGUGCGAUUGGCUGAACAGGAUAGUUAUAAAUUUAGAAAUAUCGUGUUGAUUUUAACAUUUAUCGGUCUAGUGGCUACUACGCUCUUCCACGUAUUUCUAAAAGGGAACCUCUUAGAGAAUUCCUAUUUGCAUAAAGGAAAUGUAGAAGAAGCUAGAAGAUUAUUCGAUAAUUCGCAAAACGAUCGAAACUCCUGGGUCGGUACGUCGAUUUUGUUAAGAGUGGCUAUGUUGUACGUAGCCAGUAGACUCUUCAUUACGUUGGCCACUGUGUAUUUACCAUUAUACAUAGAGGAAACCGAUGUUAAUGGAAAACAGGCACUAGCUACCGUUCCCUUGGUCUCCUACGUAUCUUCCUUUAUCGCUGCUUUGUCAUUAAAAUAUAUUAAUAAAUCAUGCGGGACAAAGGUAUGUUAUUUAUUGGGCACUUUAAUUGGAAUACUUUCUGCAGUAAUUACGGAAUAUGGAGGAAGUUCAGCGGCAGUUAUAUACACCGUCGCAAUUCUAAUUGGGAGUGGAAGCUCGAUUACAAUGGUUACGGCCUUAAGUGUGACUGCGGAGAUAAUUGGCCCACGAACGGAACGAAGCGCUAUCGUCUAUUCGAUCGUGACUUUCCUUGAUAAAGUGGUUACAGGAUUGGUUGUCAUUUUUAUUGAGAGAUGGAGGUGCACGGAACCGGGGCUUUGUCCAAAUUACAACAGAGACACCUUGGCACUUGUUUGCGUCCUCUCCAUGUCCUUGGGGCUCGUCACGCUAUUUUCUGUUUCACGAUGUUUAACUUAAAGAUAUUGAUAAGAAUUUCAUGAGACAGCAAAGAUCGUUUCUACUCCUGUGAUCCUCAUAAGUCUCAUCUUAUAACCAAAAGUCAUUUCAUUUUCAUGUUUGCCUACUUUCACGCAAAGAAACGUACUGCCAAUGAAAUUUUUGCGAUAAAGCUGUAUAACACCUUAUUAAAAAAAAAAAAAAAAAAAAAAAAAAAAAAAUAAAAAUAAAAAGAAGAAAGAA